GGCCAUAUAUGCCUGAUGUGUGCCAGGACAAUUCUCUGCAAUAAGCUGCAACUAUUGUGUAAUAUAACCAUCACAUGCCUGCUAUUGGAUGUAUUGUUUCAGGCUGCUGGAAAAAAGGUCAGGGAUGUGCUUUGGAAACAAUCUGGGCACUUCUCAGCUUGCAAAGUUUGUUGUGUUUCUCUCCAUAAGAUCUUGAAUCUCUCUUGUGGAGGCGUAGCUGUUGGAACCCUUCUUCUUAUUGAGGAGGAUAAAUAUGGCCUUUACUCCAAUUUGUUGUUCAAGUAUUUUCUCGCAGAGGGAAUUGUCUGUGGACAUGAUCUGUUUGUUGCUUCUGCCAAAGAGCAUCCUGACAACAUUUUGAAGGAACUUCCAGCCCCUUUGCUUGAUGAUUCCCACAGGAAGGAAUUGGGAGAUGAAGCAGCAGCUGUGAAAUCUGAGGAUUGUCAGGAUUCUAUGAAAAUAGCGUGGCGCUACCAAAAUUUACCAAAAAUGGAGACCAGCCCAACAACAUAUACAAAGUUUGGCCAUUAUUAUGAUAUUUCUAAAAAAAUAUCUCCAGAACUGUGUCAGUCUGUAAAACUGCACCGUUUUUACCUCCAUGAAGAAUUGCCUUUUGAGCCUAAAAUGAAAACAUGGAAUAUGAACAGUGGUUAUGCAAGGCUGCUUCAGUCCAUUCAGAGGAUCAUUUCCCAGGAGGGCUUUGAUGGCUCUGAUCCCCAGAAAAAACGAAGGAAUAUUUUAAGGAUAGGGAUUCAGAGCCUGGGUUCCAUAUUGUGGGGUGAUGAUGUUUGCUGCAGUGAUGCCCCUGAAGAUCCUCAGAGCCUGACCAAAUUCCUGUAUAUUCUGCGUGGGCUGCUCAGGAAAUCCCUGUCAGCCUGCAUCGUCACAGUGCCUGCUCACCUCAUCCAGAAUAAAGCAAUUAUGGAACGUGUAACAAACUUGUCAGAUAUGGUGGUUGGUCUUGAAUCAUUUAUUGGCUCUGAGAGAGAAACCAAUCCAUUGUACAAGGAUUACCACGGUUUGGUUCAUGUACAUCAGAUUCCUCGGCUUAAUAGCUUGAUCUGUGAUGUGUCAGACACGAAGGACCUUGCUUUUAGAUUAAAAAGGAAGCAGUUCACCAUCGAGCGGCUGCAUUUGCCUCCAGACUUGUCAGACACAGUGAGCCGCGCGAGCAAACAGGAUCUGGCAGGAUCCGCCAAACUGCUGAGCUCAGGAUGUGGCGCCAUGGCCAUCGGCGAGAAGCACCUGGACUUCUAGUGAUUUCUGCUUAGCAGCUUCACUCACAUUCAGCUGACACUCUCAUUAGGAGUGUUAAUGACUUAUAUAAAUAUUUUUCUUAAUGAUUUGACCCAGCAGUCUUUAAAAAUACGUGUUGUCAUAUGAUGCCUUUUUUUUUCUUUUUUUCUUCUUCUUUUUUUUUUUUUUGUGUCUGUUCUCUUUCUCUGUACUAAAUUUGGUCUUGUUUGGGUUUUGCUUUUCUGUUGAGUCCUGCCAUUGUUCUGCUCCACUGGAAACAGGUAGUAUUUUGUUCCUUUACUUAAAAUACAAAAAAUUGCAAUUACCCUUUCUUUUUUUUUUUUUACAUUGAAAAUAAAGGGAUGUUUUUCCCAAAAGAUUUUUUAUAUACUUGCAUAUAAUAUUUUGUAUCAAUAAUGGGUUUAUUGAAAUAAAGGAAUGGAACU